AGGCCACACCAGUCUGCAAAGCUGACAAACUUUGCAGGCAACGGUCCUGGAGUUAAUAAGGAAGCUGUUUGGUUGGUUUUAAUGCACACAGGUUGCAAGACAUAUGGGAAAGUCAUGUGUGUGUGUGAUUUUUUUUUUCUUUAAAUGGUUGAAUUAUUCUCCCAUGUGCUUACAUUUAUAUGGCUGUUGAUAUGCUUCUGAAGUAUUGAUUGGUAGGAAUUUUGCUCACAGAUGAGAAUAAACAAUGUUUUUCUAUGUACAAUACAGUGAAGGAAUGAACAAAGUGACUGUGGGACUUCCAUAGGGCUUCAUCUCUUUUUCUAAACCAGCACCAUUAGUGCAAAGAGCCAAGAACUCAGGUACACUGUUUAGCAACUUUGUAUUCUGAGCAGACUUACAGACUGUGCAAAUGAGAUGUCUCUCUAAGGAUAAAGGCACAACUGCUAGUGAUAGUUACUUGAGCUUUUGUUACGAGUCCAUGUGCUGUAGAUGGACACCUUCACUAUGGACAAGACUAUGUUAAUGCAGCUGAUCCUGCUGAGCCUGGACAUUUGGAGCAGCGAGGGGUGUUACUGUGAACAUUACCCAUGGGGGUCAUGGUCUGCCUGUUCACAAACCUGCAAUUACGGCACACAGACCAGGCACAGGCAAAUAAGAAUGGAUGAAUAUUACAGCCAAAACUUCUGCAACCAGCUGUGCACAAAGCAGGAAUUACGUGUAUGUAACCAGCAAACAUGUCCUAUCAACUGUCAGCUUGGAGACUUUGGCCCUUGGUCAGAAUGUGACCCAUGCGUUAAAAAACAAUUUCGUGUCCGGACACUCUUGCGACCAUCCCAGUUUGGGGGUCAGGCCUGUACUGAGCCUCUGGUGGAUUCCCGUCCAUGCUUCCCAACCAAGCUCUGCAACAUAGUGGAAGUUGACUGCAAGAAUAAAUUUCAGUGUGAAACUGGUCGCUGUAUUGCAAAAAAAUUGGAAUGUAAUGGAGAAAAUGACUGUGGGGACAAUUCUGAUGAAAGAAAUUGUGGGAAGAAAAAGACCGUUUGUAACAGAAAGUAUGAGAGCCUCCCUGGUGUGCAAUUAAUAGCCAGUGGAUUUCACAUUCUGGCAGGAGAGAGCCGAGGGGAAGUCCUUGGCAACUCAUUCAAUGGAGGACAAUGCACAACAGUAAAGCACAAUGACACAAGGAAAUCAUAUCGUGUUCCUGCAAACCUGGAGGCUGUCAGCUUUCAGGUAAUAGAUGAAGAGGAUGAUGUAACAUCAGAUUUCUACAAUGAUUUAACUCCCCUCAGUGAUAGUGCUCACGGAAGUAGUUCAUCCACUCACAGUGGUAGAAGAUCUUCUGGUAUCCCAUUUUUGUUUUCAAGAAAGACACGGGUUAAAGUCACAUCGUCUUCCUCCUUCAAGAAAGCCAUUGAAGCCUCAUAUGAAAAGAAUUCCAACUUUAUUAGAGUCCAUAAAGUCAUUUCUGUUGCAAACUUCACAAUGAAACAGUCAGAUCUGCAGCUCUCAGACGUCUUUCUGAAAGCACUUAACCACCUGCCCCUGGAGUACAACUACAUUUUAUACAGCAGAAUAUUUGAUGACUUUGGCACUCAUUACUACACCUCUGGGAAGAUGGGUGGUUCCUAUGACAUUCUUUACCAGUACAGCUCUGAGGAAUUGAAGAACUCGGGUCUGGCAGUGGAAGAAUCAACAGAAUGUGUCCGAACAGAAACAACUAGGCGUGUGUUCUUCCGGAAGAAAAAGAAAGUCAGUACCAGAUGCACCACAAACAGGAUGACUGUGAAGCAUGGAGGUUCCAUUUUGGAGUCAGCUGAACAGUCAGUCUCCCUGGUAAAAGGUGGCAGGUCAGAGUAUGCAGCAGCUCUGGCUUGGGAGAAAAAGGGGGCUUUUCCAGGACACACAGUCUUCACAAACUGGUUGGAGUCAACAAAGGACAACCCUGUAGUAAUUGAUUUUGAGGUGUCACCCAUCAUGGAUUUGGUGAAGAAUGUGCCGUGUGCCGUGACCAAACGUCAUAACCUAUGGAGAGCCCUGAGAGAAUAUGCGGGCACAUUUGAUCCUUGCCGGUGUGCCCCAUGCCCCAACAACGGCAGACCUGUGCUUUCCGGGACAGAGUGCCUCUGCCUGUGCCAGGCCGGCACCUACGGCAAAAACUGUGAGACGCGAGCUCCAGGUUACAAAUCAGUUGCUGUAGAUGGCCACUGGGGUUGCUGGUCUGAAUGGAGUCCAUGUGAUGCUUCCUUCAAAACAAGAAGAACCCGUGAGUGUAAUAAUCCCUCCCCGAUGAAUGGUGGCAAGCCCUGUGAAGGUGAACGAGAAGAAGAGGAGGACUGUUAUGUCUCUGUAUUCACAGACAGAGGUGCUUCUUGUAUAAACGAUGAUGAAUCCAGGAAAGAAGAGGAUGUCUUGGUUGGUGAACCUGAAUCUGGAUGCUCCAGGCCAGACCCACCAGAAAAUGGCUUUAUCAGGAAUGAAAAGAACCAGUAUGCUGUAGGGGAAGAAGCUGAAAUUGUCUGUGUGAGUGGUCAUGUCCUCAGUGGCUAUCAAUUCCUUCGGUGUCUGCCAGAUCAAACCUGGACGCAGCAACCUGUUGAAUGUCAACCCUCAGUAUGCCUCAGGCCACCAACAUUUGACAGUGUCACAGUUUCUCCAUUUAAGCAACAGUACAACAUUGGUGAAACUGUGAAGCUGAGCUGCAGAGCUGGGUUUAUAGUCACUGGUCAAACACAGUAUACCUGUGGGAAAGACCUGUCCUGGACACCUCCUAUUUUGAGAUCUAUUACAUGUGAAAAAGAUGUGCAAACUAAACUUAGAGGUGUUUGCAAUCCAGGACAAAAGCAGGUUGGAUCUCAGUGUGUUUGUAUGUCUCCAGAAGAUUGUGGCCACUACUCAGAAGACAUCUGUGUGCUAGAUGCUGUUUCUGAACAGAAUGUGACAAAGCCUAGUUGUCAGUAUUCAGCUGAAAUGUGUCUCGGAAAGCAGUCAUUUCAUUUCCUGCAUGCUGGUCCUUGCCAUGGUGAUUCCAACCUAGCCUGGGCUAUUGAAAGGGCAAAGCUCUCUACAAAUAGCUUGAAGAAAGUGCCCUGUGGCUAUGACACCUGCUAUGACUGGGAGGAGUGUCCAGAGACACAGACCCAGUGCUCCUGCCUGAUGCCUUACCAGUGCUCCAAAGAAGAGGGCCACCUUCACUGCAUCCGUAUGGAGUCAACAGGGAGGAGGAGGACAGUCAGUCUUUGCGCACUGGCAGCCAUGAAGUGUGCUGGCAUCAAACUGGAGGUGCUGGAACAGGGGAGCUGCCUGAUGUAACCUGUCAGGUCUCCCUGCAGCCACAACCAUCAUCCUACCCUGUGCAGGCUGAGCCACCCUGGGCAAAACUUGGCUGGUUAUGAAAGGACAAGUGGAUAAAAAACAAAGGAUGAAAAACAAAAAUGGACCUCACUUAGCAUAUUUUGGGGAGAAAGGUGGUAAUGGGCUUUUUUUUUUGUCUGAAAAUUACCUGGGGUGUGGGGUAUAGGGGCUGCUCUCAGUGCUGUUAACCAUGGGUGUGCAGAGGGAGGGAAGGGAGCAGAUGGGAACAGAGAAAGAGGAACACUGCCUCUGGUCUCCCCUGGUGCUGUAUAAGACUUUACCUUUCCUCAGCCGUUUGUCGAUCUGUUCCUGCGCUUGUGACUGCUGUGCGCCCUGCUCGUCUCUCUGGCUGAGUAACAGUUGUGUCAUCCAGGCAGGCAGACUUCAGCAUCAUUGCACAUUCCCUUUGACACCUAAUGGGGUCAUGAAGAAGGCUACCUAUCUGGGUACUCACAGUAUAAAUUCAGGAAGAAAUAUAAAAUGCUGAAACCCAUAAAUAUAUGAUGAUUGAAUUAAGUCUUCAAAACCAUGAGAUUUUAAAUCACAGUAAUUGAAGGGAAUAAAUGUUUGCUUUCUGGG